ACGUUCAGCAAAAGCCUUGUGUUUGCAGCCCGACUUGGAGAGGAGCGAAUGCAAGGGAAAUGCAACUGGAACUGGACGAGGGUCCCGCAGGAAACCCAGGUGCUGAGUGAGGGGCAGCGCUUUGUCCAUCUGGACUUGAGUGCCCUCAGAGUGCUCUUUGACAAUCCUAGCCAUACUCCUGCCGUUUCGGUGCCAGCCUUUCACUCGGAACCUCUGGGGAAGUCAGCACUGUAGGACUUUUGAGGUUAUGAAUGCCACAGCCUCUUUGUGUCUGGAAGACAUUAUUGCAAAUCACUCCUCCCUUUCCUUUGGCUCUUACGUUGUUUCCAGUACCUUUUCCCAACUCCCUGAGCCUUGGAGGGUGUGAGAGAGAUGUCUCACAUAGUGCUGACACUCCAUUGUCUCCUCUUCUCAGCACUGUGAGAUUCCCGAGAGAAAGGAUCCCGAUGCUGGGUAGCGGAAGAAGGGAAGACUUGUUGUGACACCUCUCAAGCUCAUUUCCUCUUGGCAUCUACCCCAUAGCUUAGCUCUCAAACCAGAGCUUCGCUUACCCAGCAAAAAUAUGGCCCUCGUGAAGAUGAGGCUGGUGUAUGCCUUCAUGCUGGUGGUGGGGGCGCUCUGUUUCUACUUCAGCAUGGCGCCUUUUAAAGACGUGCCAUUUGUCUUCAAGAAGAAUUAUGGGAAGUUCCUCCAGCUUCCCGAUGUAGACUGCAGCCUGGACCCCCCCUUCCUCGUCCUGCUGGUGACUUCAUCCCACAGGCAGGUGGCAGCUCGCACGGCCAUCCGCAAGACGUGGGGGAGAGAGACGAGGGUGAGGGGGCAGCGGGUGAAGACCUUGUUCCUCCUGGGGGCCUCGGCCAGCACGGAGGAGAUGGCCGCGGUGGCCCGGGAGAGCCAGCAGCACUGUGACAUCAUCCAGAAGGACUUCAAGGACGUGUAUUUUAACUUGACCCUCAAGACCAUGAUGGGCAUGGAAUGGGUCCACCACUUUUGCCCUCAGGCCACCUUUGUGAUGAAAACCGACUCGGACAUGUUCGUGAACGUCGGCUAUCUGACGGAGCUGCUGCUGAGGAAGAACAGGACGAGGAGGUUCUUCACGGGUUACCUAAAGCUCAACGAGUUUCCCAUCCGCAAGAAGCUGAACAAGUGGUUUGUGAGCAGGUACGAAUACCCGUGGGACAAGUACCCGCCUUUCUGCUCGGGCACCGGCUACGUCUUCUCCGGCGACGUGGCGAGCCAGGUGUACAAUGUGUCGGAGAGCGUGCCGUUCAUCAAGCUGGAAGACGUGUUUGUGGGGCUCUGCCUGGCCAAGCUGCAGAUCAGGCCCGAGGAGCUGCACUCCCAGCAGACCUUCUUCCCGGGGGGCUUGCGCUUCUCCCCCUGCCGCUUUCAGAAAAUCGUAGCCUGCCACUUCGUCACACCCCAGGAGUUACUUACCUACUGGCGGGCGCUGGAGAGUUCCCGGGAGGAAGACUGCCUGGCUGUCUGAUGGGAGCCUGGCAGAGAAACUCCCCAGCGAGCCGUGGCGCUGAGUAGGGAAGGGCUCACGCGGUGUGGCUGGGAGCCAUGGGGGUGCCCGCGGAGGAAAGACGGAGCAGGACCACGAGGCCGCCAUUCACACCGGAGCGGACGGCGUUCAUGCAAGCAAAUCUUCCCGACCUGCCCCUGCCUGGCGCUGCGCUGCCGGCGAUCCUAGAUCCCGUCUCGCGCUGACUGUUGGACACACACCUUGUCUGCUCAUUCCGGGGCUUGGGAUGCGUCUGAAGUGACGGGUCUUAUCAUUCAUUCCCGUUUGACAGACGGACGAAUUUACUUGUCCCCAAGGUUCACUCACUGUCAGCCGGCAGUGGGGCACGAGUGGAAACUGGCUGCUGCUGCUGGAGUACAGUUGGCAGCCCCCGACCGGCUCCUCAUCCCUCGGGGUAGGACGGUGUGAUGAAGGCUCUGCGGGCAGUGUGGAAGCAAGCAUCCAUCGAUCUUUCCUCUGACACCUCUCCUCUUUGCCUACCAGCGCUUGGGCUUUUGCAGGCUGGGAUGAGCCACCUGGUCUUCACUGGGAUGAUGUAGCGAGACACCGAGUCCCCGUUGCCCCUCGGUACCCACCGUAACCCCGAGCCUCUUCCAGCAGAUGCGUGUGCUUGCAGUGGCUUCAGCUCCCCCAGGUUUAUAACUAUAUAAAUUAGAUUCAAAGGCCGCUGCUGAGGCGGUCCUGCGGAAGAGGCUGACCGCACCGCGGACGCCCCCCGCAAGUGUCCUCUGGAGCACCUCGGUCCCAUCAUGGUGGAUGCCUUUUGUCUUCCGUCAGUGAGGACCAGCUGCAGCUCUGGAGCUCUUCAGGUUUCCGAGUUCAAACUCAAGGACAGCUAGGCCCAGAUAGGGUUCUCGCAGGUAUCAGGAAUUUUCUUGGGGCUUGGUCUAGGUCUAAGCCCCCCGGGAUACAAGUAGGCAGCCCCUGCUUACCCUCAGCUCAUCAACACAGAGUUUGUCACCUGGCCACGAACUCACUGAGUCUUAUUUGGAGUUCAACUUUUUAUUCCUCCUUACUCCCCCAGAGAGGUUUUCUUUGUAAGGAGCUUGUGACCAUUCAGCCAUUGUCCAUGGACAUGCACAGUGAUCUUGCUUUGGCCAUAGGAAGAAUGGCUCUCCACCCCCACUUUUUAAUUUUACUAGACUUUACAAAGUACUCAGAGAAAAGGCUUCAUGAGGCUGCGUAAUUUAUAAAUACGGAAAUAAGCUCUUACAUGAACUCAGGAAAAGUUCCCCGCUGUCUGGUGGUGAGAACAAGGUUUGAUCGCACGGGGAGGCCCUGAAGUCCCCUCUCAUUCGGCGUCCCUGUGUCUGGACGGAGCCAUGGCUUUGGGAGAUGGCUUUUCAUCUCUGCUGCUCUGCGUCACGUGUGGAGGACCCUCCUUCUCAGAUGGGCAUAUCUUGGCCUGGACUACUCCUUGCGUGAAGCCUUUGCAAGAGCCCAUUCGAGCUGCUUCUGAUUCUGAAAGAGCCAUUAUGCUUUGAGGGUGGAUGGCUUAGUCUGGAAGGGGGCCUGAGGCUGUGUUUAGCCAUCCGUCCUGUCCAUUGUGUGACCAGGGAGGGUGGCUCGGGCUGGUCACACUAGUUAGUCUUCUGUGUGUCCAGCACCAGCCUGUCCCCCGGCUAUGCUCUUCGAACAUUUCUUGCAAGACCUUGUCUUCCCUGUCGUGUUUCUUUUGAAUGUGUGCGUGUGGUGUGCAUAUGUGGGGCGUGUGUGUUCAUAUGUGUGUGGGCAGUGCAUGUGUGCAUAGAGGAAACUUUAGGUGUUAUUUUUAGGAACACUGCCCACUUCUUUUUUGAGACAAGGUCUCUCACUGGCCUGGAACUCACCAAGUAGGUUAGACUAACUAUCCAGUGAGCCCCGGGGAUCUUCCUGUCUCCACCCUCCAGUGCUGGGAUUACAGGUCAGCACGUCCAACAUUUCAUUUCACGUGGGCACUGGGCAUCAGACUCAGGUCUUCAUGCCGCGAGGCACACCCUUACCCACCCACUGACUUAUCUCUUCUGUGGUGUUUCUUCAUGUAAUAAAUGAGGAAGCAUUAUCUCAUGAUCUAGAGCUUUAAAGGGACCUCAGAGCUCCUUCAGUCCUGCCUCCUCAUUUGUGAGGGCAGUGAGACUUGGAGGCUGGCUCAAGAUGUGGUUGGUGUGCUGUGGAACAACGCAGAUUCUGGUCCAGGUUUUGUCCCGUGAUUUGAGCGGGAGGCUAUGGGGAAGUAUGAAAGGAGGAGGGUGCGCUUGUCAGGGAAUGCCCGAUCUUAGUUUCAACGUGGGGCUGGGGAGGAGCAGGCCGGCUGCAUAUCCGUGCUUACAAUGCGUCACAGGCCACAGGUGUGGAGCGGUGGGAGCAUCAGCUACAGGAGUGGCUCGCAGUCACGGGACCCAGAGGCUUCCCCAACUCCGUCUCUCAGGCGCCACGUAUAGAAAGAAUUAAAUACAGUGAAACGGAGCGGGCAUCUGCCCCACGUGGGGCGCACAGCCUGAGUGAG